AUGCGAUCCUUAGGUGUUGCGGACUGCAGCACAGCGCCUAAGAUGCUAUCGUUCCUCAACGGCGCCAUCCAGAACGCGCGCCAGAUGCUCCUCAAACGCAAGCGCACCGCGGAUGACUCUCUGGCCCCACUGCAGGACGACAGCACCGCCGCAGAGCAACUCCCCAAGCGCAUGCGCCAGCAGUGCGCACCGGCGGAGCCUUCUGCCGCGCUGGCCAAGGCGUGGUGCUGCCGGUUGCACCCCUGCUGCCAGGAGGGGCAGUCCAGCUCCGGGGAAGACCACGGGGCAGGUUGCCAUCUGGCGCGCAUGGGCUCGGCCUCGCUGGAGCUGCGCGCACCCAAUGCGCACAGCGACCUGGCCGCGCUGCCCUCCGACGUCCUCCAGUCCAUAUUCCAGCAGCUGCCCCUCCCGGAUCGGCUGGCGCUACGGCAGGGCUGCCGGGCGCUGACGAGCAGCAUCCCCUACGGCGGACUGCACCUCUGCUUCCCCAUGAGCCGCCAGCACCAGCAGACCGUGCCCUGCCUGGCCGACCGCCCCGCCAUCUGCAAGCUCACCUUCGAGCAGACCUGCUCCGGCCGCGUGCGCAAGCGCGCCCUCAAGAACCUCCUCAGCCGCCUCGGCCCCGCCGUCGGCAAGGACAGAAGGUAUGAGCUGCGGGUGUGCGUGAAUUCGGUGCUGUCGGCGUCGGACCUGGCCUGGCUGGAGGCAGCGCUGGACUGCUGCGGCCUGCUGCAGCACGCCGUCUCCCUCGACCUCUGCUGCAUCGACGCUGACUUCUCCGGCGCCCUGCAGAAGGUGCCGGUGCUGCGGCUGACGGCGGAGAGCCUGAGCGAGAGCACGUGCGAGGCGAUCGAGAAGGGGCACUGCAGGAACCUGGAGAGCAUACACCUGACCCACCUGCGCGAGGAGGAGGAGGUCCAGCUGGCGCUGAUGGUGGCGGACCGGGGGGUGCUGGGGUCGCUGCGGCGGCUGACGCUGGAGGCGGCGGGGGGCCAGGGGAUCCCCCUGGGCUGCCGCGGGCAGCACCCGGACCUCUCCCACCUGGCGCACCUCUCCAUCCACCCCGACAUCGCCCUCUGCGUCAACUUCCUGCGCUACCUCGCAUCACUGCGCGCACGCGGACUCGCUGUCUGCCCCUGCCUGCAGCAGGCCCUGGAGGACUGGGCCACGCAGCGCUCGGGCGCCAUGUUCGUGCUCUGGUUCGGCGCGGUCGAGGACGACCAGCACGGCUUCCUGCAGCACGGCGACUUUGUGAUUGAGAUCGAAGUCUAG